AUGGCUUACUAUUUCCUAGUCUCUGCUUUCCUCUUCUUUUUGUGUGCUCCAUCUCUUUCUCUUGCGCAGCCAUUUAAAGCUGUGAAUUUAGGAAAUUGGCUUGUUACUGAAGGAUGGAUGAAACCUUCUCUCUACGAUGGGAUUCCCAACAAUGAUCUCCUGGAUGGAACUCAAGUUCAGUUUUUGUCCACAAAGCUACAGAAGUAUCUUUGCUCAGAAAAUGGAGGUGGAACCGUUCUUGUAGCCAAUCGGACCUCAGCCUCUGGCUGGGAAACAUUCAGAUUGUGGAGGAUCAAUGAGACAUAUUUCAAUUUUCGAGUGUUCAACAAGCAGUUUGUGGGGGUGGAGGAUCAAGGAAACAAAAUAACAGCAGUUGCGGAUAAUGCUGGAAACCCACAAACAAUAUUCCAGAUUAUUAGAAAUAAUGAUGAUCAGAAUCGAGUUCGCCUCCAAGCAUCAAAUGGACAAUUCCUUCAGGCAAUGUCAGAAACAGAGGUAACUGCAGAUUAUGUAGGCUCAGGUUGGGACGAUAGCGAUCCAUCAGUCUUUAAAAUGACUAUUGUCAAAACCUUACGAGGUGAAUAUCAACUCACAAAUGGUUACGGUCCAGACAAAGCCCCUGAGGUCAUGCAGGAUCAUUGGAACUCUUACAUCACCGAUGAUGACUUCAGUUUCAUGUCAGCAAAUGGUCUUAAUGCCGUCAGAAUUCCAGUUGGGUGGUGGAUCGCCAGCGAUCCCACGCCACCGAAACCUUUUGUUGGUGGCUCUUUGAACGCCUUAGACAAUGCUUUCACAUGGGCACAGAAAUACGGAAUGAAGAUAAUUGUUGAUUUGCAUGCAGUUCAAGGUUCACAAAAUGGCAAUGAUCAUAGUGCGACUCGAGAUGGGUAUCUGGAAUGGGGAGAUUCCAAAAUUGAGGAUACUGUGGCUGUCAUAGAUUUCCUUGCAGCAAGAUAUGCCGACAAUCCAAGUCUUGCGGCAAUUGAAUUAAUGAAUGAGCCUAAUGCCCCAGGCGUCAAUCUAGACACCCUUAUGGCUUAUUAUCGAGCUGGAUAUGAUGCCGUAAGGAAGCACUCUGAAAAUGCUUAUGUGAUCCUCUCAAAUCGACUAGGGCCUGCUGAUGCAAAGGAGCUCCUCUCAUUUGCAAGCGGUCUCAAUUGUGUAGCCAUUGAUGUUCAUUAUUACAACCUAUUUUCAGAUUCAUUCAGCAACAUGAAUGCACAGCAGAACAUCGACUAUAUCUAUAAUCAGCGGUCUAGUGAUCUCAGUACUGUGAACACUGCUAAUGGUCCCCUUACUUUUGUAGGGGAAUGGACCGGAGAAUGGGCAGUUCAGGGAGCAGCAAUGCAAGACUACCAGAACUUUGGUAAGGCUCAACUGGAAGUCUAUGGGCGUGCCACAUUUGGAUGGGCAUAUUGGGCUUAUAAGUGUGCAUCCGACCACUGGAGUCUCAAAUGGAUGAUUGAGAACGACUAUAUAAAGCUCUAG